CCAGUUCUAACCGCGCCACCGGCUCUACUAUACGCGAGUGAUUCUAUACAACUUAGGCAUCAUGUCCGACGCGCCAGUCAUCUGCAGCAGCUGCAACGGUGCCAUUGAAGGACGAAUCGUGACCGCACUGAACAAGAAAUGGCACCCCGAACACUUCACCUGCAACACGUGUAAGAAGCCGAUAGACAGCGCCAAGUUCCACCAGCACGACGGUGGAGUACACUGCGUACCUUGCUUCUCGCAGCACCACAGCCCGAGGUGCCAUGGCUGCGGCGAACCAAUUACCGACCGCGUGAUCCAAGCCUUAGGAGUAUCGUGGCAUGCUAAUCACUUCGUCUGUGGUGGUUGCAAGAAUGAGCUCGGCGGCGGUGGUUUUAUGGAACAGGCCGGCCGCCCCUACUGCUCUGGGUGCUAUGCUGACAAGUUCGCAGCCAGAUGUGCUGGUUGCAAGAAACCCAUCGUGGACAAGGCUAUUAUAGCACUGGACGAGAAGUGGCACCGUGACUGCUUCACUUGCAAUAAAUGCCGGAAUCCAGUCACAGACUCCACCUUCUCGGUGCUGGACAACAAGCCCAUCUGCGCCAAAUGCGCCUAAACCCAUCGAGUCACGAACUAUUUAUUUAUCCAUCGAGUAUUUACCUAAGAUUAAUGUAAUAUUGUUCAUUUGGCAACGCAAAAUAUAUGACUUUUUUUUUUAUAUUACGUAGGUGGCAAACAGCAUUUUUAUACCUGG